GGGAGACUACGUUAGUACAACUCUUCGGGAAAAGGAAUUUGACCCAAAAGGAAAAAGGGAUUCGUCAUGUUUUGCUGACCUGAGAUUGCAGUGAUCAGAUAUAUAUAACAACUCACCAUGACUACAACUGGCAAACAUUGCAGCGAUUUCCGUAUCAGAGGAUGAAGCAUUGUUAUUUCUGCAGAGCUCAUUCUGAUGCAUGAUUUAAUGCAGACUGCAGCCAGUGUGACAGCUUCUGUGUUUGGGAAGAUUAGGCAUUCGUUACCCCCCAAAAGACUGGUCUAAUUCAGCGGAGUACUUUAUUGGCAGUGUAACUGUUAUACAUUAUUGUUGCCUGUAUUUAUCAUCAAGAAAACAGCUGAGAUAUAUUAUGGUGUCAUCUAUAUGGCUCAUUAUGACCUAGCGAUCAGCGUUGCAAUGCAGUGGCUUAGUACCUCUAAAAAAGGACGGAUAAAGCUGUCAUUAAACCAUCACAAAUACCCCAAUCGGAUGGAGAGGGAAGCAAUGAUUUUAUCCUCUUUUGCAGGAUUGCUAAUGAAUAGUAUCCCAGUGGAAGACGUCUUUGAAAUAUAUGGCAGCAAGCCUUCAACAACACCGCUGCAGAAUUCAGCCAAGGGACAUUUGAUGCAGCCCUUCAGCCUGUCGCUACAUCCCUUCGCUAUGCUGACGGCUCCGCAGGCCGCGCAACAUGCUAUAAAGCACUGUGCUAGAGUGUACAAGUCCACUGUCAGGAAUGAAAUCAAUUCACCAGAAAACCAUGUUUUGGCUACAGAUGAGGAAAUAGAUCCUGGAAGGGAAGAAACAUCAGCGACAUCUGAGAAUGGAGAGGACACUAUUGCUACAGCUGAAUGUGAUCUAAACUCAUGAAGAUCCAGAAAAUAUGUUUAUUAAUAUUUAUCUUGCUGCCCUUUAAUUCUGCAAGAGAUCACUGUUCAAAAUCCGCAUUCCUAUAAACUACAGUGCAAUGUUUGUAA